AUGAAAACACUUUUUUGGAACUGUCACGGGCUUGGGAACCGGCGCACAGUUCGAGCUCUGAAGGAGCUAUGCAAAAUACAAGAUCCCACAUGUCUUUUCUUGAUGGAAAGAAAGAGGAAAGAUCAUGAGAUGAAUCGUUGGCAAGGUCUAGCAGGAAUGACGAAUAUUAUUUCUGUUAGUUGUGAAGGAGAUGGUUGUCGUAGGGCAGGAGGUGUAGCUUUUCUAUGGAAGAAUGAUGUGAAUGUCUCUUUGCUUUCUCACUCACUUAAUCACAUGGACUUUAUUAUUUCUUUGAAAGAUGGAUCCCUUUCAUGGAGAGCAACUGGAAUUUAUGGGUAUCCAGAGCAAAACCGAAAACGUCUCACGUGGGAUCUUCUCAGAACCCUUGCAGGCUUUCACGCACAACCAGCAUGGAUGGUCUUUGGUGAUUUUAAUCUCACACUUUCUGAGGCUGAAAAAUUUGGUGGUGCUGCUCCUACUUUGGGUCUUCAAGAGAUGUUUCGUGAGGUUGUCCAAAGUUGCAAUUUAAAGGACAUGGGUUUUGAGGGGCAUAAAUAUACUUGGAGGAAUAAUCAGGAAGGUGAGGAUCUAAUUAUGGCUCGUUUGGAUAGGUGUUUUGUUACUCCAACAUGGGCAGAUUUGUUCCCACAAGCAAAAGCACUUCACUUGUCAUUCUUUGCAUCUGAUCACUUGCCUAUCCUUAUUGAUACAUGUCCAAGGCGCAGUAUAAGAGGUAGAGGUGGUCGAGUUUUAAGAUUUGAAGAAUGUUGGCUCCGUGAUGAGGAAUGCCCUACUAUGCUUACUGAAUUGUGGAAUAGAGGAGCAACAGAUCCUUAUGAUCGGGUUAAUUCUUGCUUGGUGGGAUUGAAGCGGUGGGCCAAAAGAAGAUUUGGUAAUGUCCCUAUGGAAAUUAAAGACACAAAAGAAAAGUUGCAAGAGUUACAGGAGCAUAUUCAUGAAGAUGGGGUCUUGGCUAAUAUAAAGAAUUUGGAGGACCGUUUGGAUGAUCUUUUGGAGAGCUCACCUAUGGCAGUGGAGGAGAUUUGUGAUGUUGUGCGUAACCGGGUUUCAGAAGCGAUGUUUGGAGUUCUUGAUGGGGAUUAUACACAGAAGGACGUCUAUGAGGCUUUGAAUCAGAUGAAGCCAACAGCAGCACCAGGGCCUGAUGGAUAG